AUGCGGGGGACAGCGGGGCGGGCUGUCACACUGCGCCCGGCCCGAGCGCGUCUCCCCGGGCUGAUGAGUCAUAACAAGGGCCGGCCGGUGGAGCAGCACUUGUUGUGGAGCUGCCUGUGUGGAUGCUGCAGGAUGAAGUGUGUGUGUUUGAACUUUUUCUUCACCGUCACCUGUCUGUGGCUUCUCCCUCCAGCGGUCCAAGAAACAGUGAAUCCCUUGGACCAACAGUGGAGGGAGGGAGGAGGAGGAAGAGAAGACGCUGUAGGAGCUGCACUGAAGGUGAAACACAUCUCCAAAGAUUUGCAGAUCAUCUCCACCAAACACAAAACGCCUGCUCACGGCUCGCUCAGCCCGUACGGCUGGCCGCAGAACUUCUCCCAGGCCUUGGAUCAGUAUCUGUACCGCCCUGCUCCCAGAGCUCCCGCCAAAACAUCCACCAAGGCCAAGAAGAUCCUGGGCUGGGGGGAUUUCUACUUCAACGUGAAAACCAUCAAGUUCAGCCUCCUGGUGACGGGGAAAAUCGUGGACCACAUCAACGGGACUUUCAGCGUCUACUUCCGCCACAACUCCUCCCGUCUGGGGAACAUAUCCGUCAGCAUCGUCCCGCCCUCCAAACCUGUGGGUUGGGAAGUUCUGCCUCCUGUGACUCAGAGCGCUCACACCAAAAACUCAGUCCUGGUUCCGGUAGUGACGCCCUCGAACCACAGCCUGUCUCACUCCACCAGCUCCACCCCUCCCGACCAGCAGAAGCAGCAGCAGCAGCAGCCGGAUGUGAUGAUGGUGACCGAACUCAACUGCAGGAUUGAGUACCAGAGAACCAACCGGUCGAAGAAGACCAAGCCCUGCCUGUACAACCCGGGGCAGACGUGCUACUCAGAGAACACCCAGUCACAGGCGGCCUGGAUCUGUGCCAAGCCCUUUAAAGUGAUAUGCAUCUUCAUCGCCUUCACUGGCACCGACUACAGGCUGGUGCAGAAGAUCUGUCCAGACCACAACUAUCAGACGGAGCAGAACCAGCAGCACUUCGGAUGAUGGACUCUGUAAAGCUGAAUCUUCGAACACUGACUUUUCAAAUAUACUGUUUUUUAAGAUGUUAAAAACACAUGAGAGCAGUUUGAGCCCAAACUGAUUUCUAGCUUACACCCAGUGCAAUGUGGCAUGUUACGCACAACGCCCCCCCCAUUCAUUAAGAGACUAUGCUUCAGACCAUAUACUUAUUUAUAAUGCAGUAGAGCCCAAUGGGUUAAUAGCAGAAAAUGUUUAUAGUGAGUUUGAAAAUGUGAGUUUUGUGUUGUAACGACACUCACCCACUGAACAGCUCCAUGUUAUAU